AUGCCUUCGGUGACCAUCCUCCUGGGUAUCGCCCUGGUGCUCAUUCUGGGCACUAGCGACGCCAGGCAGCUGGAGCGCUGCGAGAUCGUCACUGAGCUGAAGAGGAACGGGAUCAACAGCGACCUCAGAAACUGGGUAUGCCUUGUGGAGUCUGUGAGCGGAGGCAGAACUGACAGGAAGGGACCCCGCAACAAUGACGGCAGCAACAGCUACGGCUUGUUCCAGAUCAGCAGCAGGCACUGGUGUGGCGUCGGCAGGGUGGGUGGUGAAUGCCGUGUUAAAUGUGAAGACUUGCUGAACAACAACCUGUCGGACGACGUGCGGUGUGCCAAGAAGAUCUUCCAGCAGCACGGCUUUCGUGGCUGGAGCGGCUGGAGGAGAAACUGCGACGGAAAGCCGCUGCCCAACAUCUCGCGCUGCUGA